UUAACGGCAAGAUCUCCUGCAAUUAAGAUUAAGGAUAGCCUUUCUAGCUACCAAAGGGAACGAACAGAUCGCACUUAACUGGUCCAACUCACAUCCGGAACAUCCUUAUUGUACUUAGAAAAUCCCCAAGAAAGCAAAUAUUGGCACAUGUGGCUUUAGUUCUAACAUAGCAGAGAGCAUCCUCAGAGUAGGUUUUGAAGGCACAGGAAGCUGGAUUCAACAGCUGUACUGUAGUAAAUCCUCAGCGAAGCAUAAGAGAUUUGCCGCAGUUUGCUGUGCCGUGCGAAAAGAUUUUCCAAUACCGACAUGUAUCUUCCGGCUGGUUACGACGAUUCCGACGAUGAUGAUGAGUUCAACGAGUUUGGCUUCUUCUCGGAAUGCCCAAAACCGAAAUCAGCAGCACCACGUGCCCCUCCCGUAAAUUACGAACUGUUGCUGAAUAAUGCAGUAUGCGAUGGCGAUUUGGAGGAGACGAAACGCAUCCUGAACCUUGAUAGCACCCUGCGUUCCGGGGGCUUGGUGGCCCAGGGAUGGCCCAUCAUUUUCAGCGCGUGCUACGAGGCACAUCGAGAUAUCGUAGAGUAUCUGCUGCUGGUGGAAAAGGUAGAUGUUAACCAGAUGUUCGGCAUGGAGACGGCACUGAUGAAAGCCUGUGCAUCACCGAAACCCACGGAGCUGGUGUAUCCUAUUGUACGGCUGUUGUUGGAAUCGGGUGCAAUUAUCGAUGUGCUGGAUCGUUACGGUUGCACGCCACUCAUGUUCGCCUGUCAGCAGGGUCACCUGCAGGUAGUGAAGGAAAUAGUAGACGAAUCUCCGCUUAUAACGGUGGACCGGGACGGGAAUACGGCUCUCUUUCUCGCCGUGAUCAAUAAUCACUACGAGAUCGUCAAAGUGCUGCUGCGUGCCGGAGCUCAGGCCAACAUCGUGAAUCGGGCCGGGUUUACGCCGAGACAAUGUGCCAUUCUUGCGGGCCAUACGGAGCUGGCCGAACUGUUUCCAGCAGAAGAGGAACCGUACAUAGUGGAGGCUAAAUAUCGCAACUACUCGGGCUAUAAAGAUCUGGUUGACAGUGGUCAUCACUCGAGCAUCGAUGGACUUCUGUUUGGGAUGAACAGUGAGGACAUGCUUCACUUCUUCGCCAAGAAGGAGGUUGAUUUGUUCGAUUUCCUCACCAUGACCGACGAUCGGUUGCGCGAAGUUGGCAUCAAGUUCCCGAUUCAGCGCAAACGGAUUCUACUCGGAUUGUAUGAUCUUCAUCAGCACCGUUGGUCAAAAACCAGUUUGAAUCUCCAGCGAACAAAAACUUCCAUUGAUAUGUACGAUACACUAGAGAUGCUGGCUAAUAUCCAUAAGCAGAUAAUUGUCCUGCACAGCACAAUGGUGUAUACGAAAGAGCUCGUGGGUCGCAGCCAUAAUCCCCAGAGUUUCGAUGAUGUCACGAAAGCUUCCAACCUUCGACAGGAACUAAAAGCCUUGCAGUCUACAGUGCGUGAGUUUCAGGCUCAACUGCUCGAGUAUCAUAAACUAUCGGCUCCGAAGCCGAUACUACACAUAACCGCUAAAUCGAACCAAACAAUCCAUUCCAAAAAACCAUUGAAAGUAUGUGCCUUUUUGGGUCUGCUAGGUUGUGUGGUAUACUUGAAGCUCCGAAAGUAAAGAUACUCCUACCAGUUCCUUCUUGUAAA